AUGAGUGGGAGUAACGGUCAACAGUGGUUACAUAUUAAGUGCAAAAUAAUGAGUGAUUUCAUCAGUUCUCUCCUGGAUUUACAAGACUAAAAUUUUCGCCGCGAUGAUUAAUAAUUGCAAUACCGGUUUAAUAGUUAUUGUACUCUUGAUCGCAGUCGGAGCUAGAGAUAUCGCAGGUCAGUGUCCACCAGUUGCAAAUGGAUUUAUCGUGAAUUCGCUCCAAGGUAAUGGAUAUAAUAUCCGAUCAUCACAAAAUCCGAAUGAAUUUUUCGUUAAUACUGCCAAUGGACUGGAACUUCGCGUAAUUAUUGGACAGAGUGGAUUUUUAAUUAGUGGAAAUGAUGCUAACGGCCGUAAUUUGACUGCUAAUCCAGGACCCUCUGGACAAGUGGAAUUCGUUGCUAAUGCGACAGGCUCAGGUGAGAAAAAACUCUGCGAGGGCCAGUCCUUCCCCGCAGGCUACAAAGUCACAAUGGGCAUUGGGGCCCAUAAAUACUAUAAAACCAAGAAAUCCUGGAACGACGCCCGCAACACCUGCGUCAACGACGGAGGUCACCUCCUUGUAAUUACUUCGGACGCUGAGGAAAAAGUUAUCUUGAACAUGGUGAAUGCCGCCGGGGAUUCGGAUACAUGGCUCGGGAUUCAUGAUCUUUUUGUAUUCCGAGAUUGGGUGACGAUUCAGGAUGUGAGACUCAAUGCCACUGGAUACGCCAGGUGGUCACCAAGAAUCGUACCAAAUCCAGAUAAUUACGGAGGUAAUCAGCGUUGUGUGCGUUUACUCAAUACCGGAGGAAUGGAUGACAUUCAGUGCACAUCGUCCAUAUCAUUCGUCUGCAAAAUUCAAUGCAACAAAUGUCUCGCGAGUCCAGCGGUCAAUUAAAAAUAUUUACAUCUCCCAGAUAUCUUCGUUCUUACAGUUAACUAUCAUCAAUAAAUAUUCAGUCAAUAAUAAAAUAAUCCACUCGUGGGUCCAUUAUAAAAAAAAUAAUGUCCGAUUUUAAAUGUUUUUUUUUCACUCAAUUGACGAUGAAUUCUUUAUUUCUACUCGGGUAGGGAUAAUUUAUUUAUUUACAAGUACUGGAAGUUGGGGUUGUUAUCAGUGGAUGUAGUACUCGAUGAGACCGUGAGAGUUCGCGGUAAACUUGUAAGGACGUAAUCAAUACACACCCCCAACUCGGGGGAGGCAGCUUUGGCACGUUUCACCUGGGGGUGUCGUCACACCCCACCAUAAGACCCAACAGUUUCGAUAAAUUCAUUUUUACCAGUGGCUUUGUGUUGUUCGCAACUCUCCAUCGCUAUCACGGAAACAAUACCGGAUAUUACAUUGAAGUUACAUUCAACCCCCGAUAAAUCAUCCCCAAUCGUUCACAGUGACGUCUGCAACAUGGCGUCAUUCAUCUUUCCAAUGAAAAUCGUAACUCCAUUCUUAUCCGAGUGUAUUGACAAUAAAUUUUAAUUCCCCAAUAUCGUUAAUUUCUAGGAACAAAUUGUGCACGUUUAAUUCAACUGAAAGUUUUGAAUAAAUAACGUAUAUAAAGCUGUUAUGAACAUACAA